AUUCACCAAACACAUCCUAUACCCUACUAAAACUCUACUUCUUUGUCCUCUCUCUGAAACACUUAAAAGGAACAACCAAUGGAAGCUCUAUGGGAUUUGGAGGACAAAUUGAAUCUAUCAACCCAAGAAGCAGUUCUUAUUUUUGCUUGCAGUGCAUUUUUGGUUGUUGGGCUUUGCACUGCCGCAGCCAUAAAGAGGAGAGGCCGGCGAAAGCAACUUGUCAGUCAAGAGCCCAGCGAGUCCGAACACGAAUCCGAAUCUGAAGACACAAAAUGGUUGGAGCCACAGUUGGGAUGUGGCUCGAUAAAGAAGGCGCUUAUGGGAUCAGUACGGUGGAGUAAUGUGAGUAGAUGGAGGGAGAGCAUGAGAGGGAGUCGGAAAGAGGGGCCGAUACCACUGCUUGUUGGGAGGCGACGUGAAGCAGAAGUUGGGUGGCAGAGUCAUAACUCUGUCUCUCCAGUGUGGCAGAGACCGAUACUUAUGGGGGAGAAAUGUGAGCUACCAAGGUUUAGUGGGCUUAUUCUCUACGAUGAAAGAGGCAGACCAGUUCAUCACUCUGACCAAGGAACUAAUCACCAGGAAAUCACGACCACGAUUGUGAGAACUACGCUGAGAGAUUUUCUGUAAUUACCUUCCAGCCUUCACUUGUUCCCUCUACUUGUAUCAAAAGAGCAUUUUGGUGAGUUCAGUCCAUAUUUUGUCUGCCAUGGGAGAUUUUGAGCUUUGGUUCUUUAUGUAAAUGCUGCUGUAACAAACUUUUGCGGAUCAGUGACACACUUUCAACAAUCAAGACAUCUUAAGUAA